GAACUACAAGAGGAUUUUCUGUUACAUGAAUCGAUGAUGCCAGAAGGCUAGAAGAGCUAUGGACUGUUUUCAGACUGUUGGUCGUAUUAAAGGUUCCCUGUGCCAACAGUUAUUAUUAUUCAUUUUUUGGUUAACCAGUUUCCGAGAUGUUGCCGCAUUGCUGACAUUGCUUGCCCCUAGUCAUAUUUCUUCCACAUCUGAGCUAGCUAAUCCUCCACCUACUGUAUUAUUUGAACCUAUAGAAAUAUCCCCUGCUGUCAUUCCUCGUUACCCUUAUCCUGAUGAAUCUUUACCACCUCUGUAUUCAACUUUUCCCAAAACAUAUGAACCAAAUUUAACUGGAAGGUGCCCUGUAAAUUUUUCUGCUAUGUCAAACAUCAUGGGGAAAACCACAUCUGAUUGUUUGCUACCUUUGGCACCGCUUGUAGGAAAUGUAAUAUGUUGUCCGCAGCUUGGUAGUUUACUCCGCAUCUUCCAGGGUUACUACAGUAUCAACUCUGAUAAGUUGGUCUUGCGAAAUGCUGUUGCUAAUGAUUGUUUUUCAGAUAUCAUUAGUAUCUUAGCUAGCAGAGGGGCCAACAAUACAAUACCUACAAUUUGUUCUGUUAAAUCAUCAAGUCUGACAGGUGGGUCUUGUCCAGUGAAGGAUGUUAAUACCUUUGAGAAAAUGGUGAAUACAAGCAAGUUAUUGGAGGCUUGCAGCACUGUUGAUCCUCUGAAGGAGUGCUGCAGGCCAAUUUGCCAACCUGCAAUUAUGGAAGCUGCUCUACAGAUUUCUGGAAUGCAAAUGAUACUCAAUGAGAAUAAAAAUGUAGUUGGGGAGACUAAUCAUAUUGAUGUCAUCAAUGACUGUAAAGGGGUGGUAUAUUCAUAUCUUUCAAGGACACUCCCUCCAGAUGUGGCAAACACUGCAUUCAGAAUACUAUCUGCCUGCAAAGUCAACAAGGUUUGCCCUUUGGAAUUUAACCAGCCCUCAGAAGUAGUUAAGGCAUGCCGUAAUGUAGCUGCUCCCAGUCCUUCCUGUUGUAGCUCAUUAAAUACUUACAUUGCGGGGAUACAGAAACAAAUGUUAAUUACAAACAAGCAAGCCAUAAUUUGUGCAAUAAUGUUCGGGUCAAUAUUAAGAAAAGGUGGAGUUAUAACAAAUGUUUAUGAGCUUUGUGACGUUGACUUAAAAGAUUUUAGCAUCCAAGAAUAUGGACAGCCAGGAUGCCUGCUACGAAGCUUGCCAGCAGAUGUGGUAUUUGACAAUUCAACAGGCUACAGCUUUACAUGUGACUUGACCGACAACAUUGCAGCUCCAUGGCCUUCAUCAUCAUCGAUAUCAUCGCUGUCUCUUUGUGCUCCAGAGAUGUCAUUGCGUGCCCUGCCAACAUCAGAGAUGCUGAAAAAUCCUGGCUGCCAUGGUUAUACAUUGGAAAUCUUGUUACCCAUUUUUGCAUUUUUUGUGUUCAGUACAUUUUUGUGAUGAAAAAAGAGUUGUAGUUGGGGGUUGAGCUUGGUUUGAAAUAUAGGGGGCUUGUGGUGAAUGGCGGUGAUUGACAUUGUGUGGGGGAAUUUACAUGUAUAUUUCCACCAACUCUUCAGCCUUCUUUGUGUAUAGUUGUAUCUAUUUUCUUUACUUUUCUUUUUACAAGAUUUUUUCCAUCUCCUUUUCACUGCUUUCUCUCUCAGUAUUUAAGAUCAACUAUCACACAAGUGCAAUUUACAUUACUUUAAAGCAGAAGAAAAAGGGAAAAUAGGCAUUGUGAGAAACAGUGCACUGCACAAACCAUGCACUGGUGGACGAAAAGCAACCUAACUAAUAUUCAGUUCUAGCUUUAUUAACUAUGGAAAUCUAUAAAGCCACCAUCUGAGUGUAGUUGUUCUUUCUCAAUAGUUCUCCAUUCAAAUGGAGUAAUAAUUUUCUCGUGGAUUUACAGCUAAGAUCUUUAUCAUAUUGCAAAGGGUUGAUGUCACCAACGUUUCAUGAAUUAUAAUAAAAUAUUUAAUAUGACACUUGAAU